AAUAAACAAAAUUUAUUAGAAUCGAAGUAAGUAAAAAAAUCCUCAAUAAUUGUAUGAAAAUAAUCAGCUUGGUGUCUCUCAACAACACCACCACCACUUUCUUCUUCAUUCUUCUUCUACCUAAAACCUCUCUCAAUCAUUCUCUCCUCAAUCCCUAAACCCAAAACCACCACAACAGAUCAAAGAUCAAUCCCUUUAUAUAUAAACAACCCAACCCCUAAAGUCGCAUGACCUUACGAAGCUUGAUCCUUGAGAUGCGCUCGAGGUCGCAUCGUGUGGUGCACGACCUCGCCUCCGCCGCCGACUCGACUCCCUCCGCCUCAUCUGAAGCUAAUCGCUGGUCAGACAUCCCAGAGGAGCUGUUGAGGGAGAUUCUCAUCAGGGUCGAGGCUGCCGACGGUGGCGGUUGGCCGUCGCGACGCAGCGUGGUGGCUUGUGCCGGAGUCUGCCGCGGAUGGAGGCUGCUUAUGAACGAAACCGUCGCUGUCCCUGAGAUCUCUUCUAAAUUGACUUUCCCCAUCUCCCUCAAGCAGCCUGGUCCAAGGGAGUCUCUGGUUCAGUGCUUCAUCAAACGUAACCGAGCUACGCAAUCAUAUCAUUUGUAUCUCGGGUUAACCAACUCGUUAACUGAUGAGGGAAAGUUUCUUCUAGCUGCGAGUAAGUUGAAGCACACCACUUGCACUGAUUAUAUUAUCUCUUUGCGUUCUGAUGAUAUGUCGAGGAGAAGCCAAGCUUACGUUGGCAAAGUCAGAUCAAACUUCCUAGGAACUAAAUUCACAGUCUUCGACGGAAACAUGCUGCCGUCGUCAACGUCAACUGGACCCGCAAGGCUGAGAAAGAACCGAUCUUAUAAUCCCGCAAAAGCUUCAGCAAAAGUUCCUCUUGGAAGCUUCCCGGUCUCUCAUAUCACAUACGAGUUGAAUGUCUUAGGCUCCAGGGGACCAAGGAAGAUGCAAUGCGUGAUGGAUACAAUACCUACAAGUGCAAUGGAGCAACCUCGAGGAGUAUCAUCUUCAGAGCCAUCAGAGUUUCCUUACCUCGGUGGUUCUCGGUCAACUUUUUCCAGGUCUCAAUCGAAACCACUACGCAGCAGCAGCAGCGGCUUAAGCCACCUGAAAGAGACACCGUUAGUGCUGAGCAACAAGACACCACGGUGGCAUGAGCAGCUACGUUGCUGGUGCUUGAACUUCCACGGCCGCGUCACAGUGGCUUCAGUUAAGAACUUUCAACUAGUGGCUGCGGCAGCUAGCAGCGGUGUUGGCGGUGGCGAGGGGUUGUCACCGGAGAGGCAGAACGAGCGGAUAAUACUGCAGUUUGGGAAAGUUGGGAAAGAUAUGUUCACUAUGGAUUAUGGAUACCCAAUCUCAGCUUUCCAGGCCUUUGCCAUUUGCUUGAGCAGCUUUGAGACUAGAAUCGCCUGUGAAUAAUUUAUCAACACUAUGUUUUGGUUCCUUUUGUAAAAGAGAAUCUUCAAGCAUUUUGUAAAUUGUGAAAAAAAACAUGGUCUGAUUCUGAUGUAUUUGAUGAUGAUGUUUUUGUUUGUUCUCCAUUACUGCCGGUUCGGAUAGUUCGGUUCAACGUAAACUCACUUAAUUAACCUGAAAUAAAAUUUGGUUUGGUA